AAUAAUUAUUUUGCCAACAAGCCGAUCCACAUGGUCAAUUUGCUAUAAAUUGAUUGUAGUUAUACUUCUAUUCCAUCUUCAAAUUCCAAAUGGCCACCGGCUCUUCUUCUUACAAACCCCCUUACACUCCCCUGUCGGAUCGAACCGAGUCCGCCGGAGCUCCGGAGAAUCUCCGGCGAUCCUUAAAGUUCUUCACCUGCACUCUCAUCUCCUUACUCUGUGUAGUCUUAUCCGUCCUUGUAGUCCUCAAUCAUUCAUCAGAACUGGUCAAAGAUGAAACUUCACAACAACCGUCUCCGUCGCUAAAGGCCGCCGGAGAUGUUAUCCCGUCGGUGGAGGAAGCCGCCGGCGAUGGGGUUCCAUAUUCUUGGACUAAUCGGAUGCUGUCUUGGCAAAGAACAGCUUUCCAUUUUCAACCUCCAAAGAGCUGGAUGAAUGAUCCUAAUGGUCCACUAUACCACAAAGGAUGGUACCACCUUUUUUACCAAUACAACCCUAGUUCAGCUGUUUGGGUGGAGAACAUCACCUGGGGUCACGCAGUAUCAAGGGACAUGAUUCACUGGCUCCAUCUACCUUAUGCCAUGCUCCCUGAUCAGCCCUACGAUUUACGUGGCGUUUGGACUGGGUCUGCCACAACCCUCCCUGAUGGCCAGAUCAUGAUGGUCUACACUGGAAACACUGAUGUGCAGGUACAAAAUCUUGCUUACCCAGCCAAUCUAUCUGACCCGCUGCUCCUUAAAUGGGUCAAGUAUUCAGGCAACCCGGUUAUCGUCCCCCCUCUCGGCGUUGAUUUGUUGGAGUUUAGGGACCCGAGUUCAGCAUGGGCGGGCCUAGAAAAAGGCCAGUGGUUUAUUACUAUAGGGUCACAGGUUAGGAAAACGGGCGUUGCAUUUGUUUAUGAAACUACCGACUUCAAAAGCUAUAAGCUCUUGGAUGGGUUCUUGCAUUCAGUUCCAGGUACGGGUAUGUGGGAGUGUGUGGACUUCUAUCCGAUUUUAGCUGAUGAGGAAAUCGGGUCAAAUUCUUCAAAUAAAGGGUCGGAUGUCAAGCAUGUUCUGAAAGCUAGUUUGUACGAUGAAACACAUGAUUAUUAUGCUAUUGGGACAUAUGACCCGAUUAAAAACAAGUGGGUACCAGAUUUUCCAGAAUUGGAUAUCGGACAUGGGUUGAGACUCGAUUAUGGGAAGUAUUAUGCAUCAAAGACAUUUUAUGACCAAAACAAGAAUAGAAGAGUUUUGCUGGCUUGGAUUGGGGAGAGUGAUCCGAAAGAUGUUGACCUGGUGAAGGGCUGGGCAUCACUACAGGGCAUUCCUAGGACACUGCAUUUAGACAAGAAGACAGGAAGUCAUCUGCUUCAGUGGCCAAUUGAAGAAGUAAAGAGGUUGAGAUCAGGCGACCCCAUUGUCACAAAGGUCAAUCUUCAACCAGGUGAAAUCCUACCAAUCCACAUUCCAGCUGCUGCGCAGUUAGACAUUAUUGCCUCGUUUGAAGUGAUGAAUGAAGAGGCAGUCGAAGGUGAAGGCGAUUUUAGGUACAACUGCAGUAGCAGUGGUGGUGCUGUUAAGAGAGGCGCUUUGGGGCCAUUUGGUUUGGUAGUUGCAGCUGAUGAAACACUUGCCGAGCUAACGCCUGUUUACUUCUAUGUUCAAAAAGGUGGUGAUGGGAAGGUAGAGACUCAUUUCUGCACUGACUUGACAAGGUCAUCAGAAGCAUCUGGAGUUACGAAAGAAGUUUAUGGUAGCACCGUACCUGUUAUUGAUGAUGAAAAAUAUUCAGCAAGAAUAUUGGUUGACCAUUCAAUCGUGGAGAGUUUUGGUCAAGGAGGAAGAACAGUUAUAACAUCAAGAAUAUAUCCAACCAAAGCAAUAUAUGAAGCGGCAAGAGUCUUCUUGUUCAACAAUGCCACAGGGACAAGUGUUAAAGCGUCUGUGAAGAUAUGGCAAAUGAAUUCAGCUGAUAUUAAGCCAUUCCCAUUUUGAUCAAUUCUUGAAUUGUUUGCUUCCAAUUCACUUUCUCAUCUGCCUUAGCUAUUAUAUGAAUAAUUGAAGCUUGUAUAUUAGACUCAAUCUCACACUAACAAGUGGUAUGCCAGAUUCCAUGCUUGAUUUAUGUGUAUUCCAAGGGUGUGUUUGGUU